AUGGUGGGCUCCGACGUGGUGGGGGGCUGCAGUGGGGGGCUCUCAGCCCGCCUGGGCUGCUCUGUCAGCGAGCAGGACGUGGAGGGAGAGACCUUCAGCGCAGAGUGGCUCGACCUGGAGCUCAGCACGCGGCCCGAGGAGGGGUGGUGCCGGCGGGAGGUGGACACGGCGCGCCGAGAGUCGCUGGAGCAGCGCGGGGCCACGCGGGUGCUGCAGCAGCGCUCGCCCUGGGGGCUGAUCCGGGUGGGGGUCCUGGGGCAGCCCCUGACCCAGCACCUCCUGCCCUACGCCCGCAGCCUCCCCCUGCCCCUCUUCGCCCCCCCGGACCUCCGCGGAGCCAAGGGGGGGCUCCCCCGCACCCUCUCCCGCUCCCUCUCCCACGAAGCCCAGCGGGGCUGA